UUUCACAAACCAACCAACUUGACUCCUGACAUGGCCUGCUGCGCUACCAGCUUCUGUGGCUUUCCCACAUGCUCCACUGGUGGCACCUGUGGCUCUAGCUGCUGCCAGCCCAGCUGCUCCCAGUCCAGCUGCUGCCAGCCCAGCUGCUCCCAGCCCAGCUGCUGCCAGCCCAGCUGCUGUCAGCCCAGCUGCUCCCAGUCCAGCUGCUGCCAGCCCAGCUGCUCCCAGUCCAGCUGCUGCCAGCCCACAUGCUGUCAGACCAGCUGCUGUGGCACUGGCUGUGGCCAGCAGGGUGGCAGCGGAGGCGUGAGCUGCCGCGUUAGAUGGUGCCGCCCAGAUUGCCGCGUGGAGGGCACCUGCCUGCCCCCCUGCUGCGUGGUGAGCUGUACACCCCCAACCUGCUGCCAGCUGCACCAUGCCCAGGCCUCCUGCUGCCGCCCAUCCUACUGUGGACAGUCCUGCUGCCGCCCAGCCUGCUGCUGCUACUGCUGCCAGCCCAGCUGCUCUGAGCCCAGCUGCUGCCAGCCCAGCUGCUCUGAGCCCAGCUGCUGCCAGCCCAGCUGCUCUGAGCCCACCUGCUGCCAGCCCAGCUGCUCUGAGCCCACCUGCUAAGAACCCAGUUACUGAGUAGUGAAGAAUGGAGUGGAUAGCAGUGCAGAAUUGCAUGGAUCUUUAAGGCAAUGCUCUGUGGGUGGAUGCUAAGUAUCUUCAUGUCGCUAACCUGCUCAUCAAUAGUAUAACUAUUCAUCAGGACCCCUACAGAUGCGCUGAAGCUGAUGCACUGAAAACAUGCCUCAACCAGUGUGGGGAACCCCAGAGCAAAGUUAGCAUCUUAACAACCAUCUUUCCUACUACUCUCUUAGAUACUAAUAUACUGGUAUUUUUCCAUUCUCCUAUGAUUGUUCUCUUG